AUGGGAGCUAUUUGCACUACUUGCUGUUCAUAAGAAGAGCCAUAUAAGUAUAAGCAUGGUAAUAAAAACAAUAAAACUGACAAAAGAAUACUUUUGGACUAUGAUAGUGAUCAGUUAGGUUAGAUUCAAGGAACAAAUGAAGAUGAUGAGACAAGAUUUAAUGGCCUUAUUCUUGCUAAUGAAAAUGGUGAAUCUCAAGCUAAUUCUAGUAGACAAAGUGAAAGUGGAGUAAAUCCACUAGCGCUAUUGAGGAAGAAAUCAUAUUAUCAACCUGUGAAAGGUGAUCAAUUGGAUGAAGAAUUUGAAAGAGUUAUUAAUCAACUUGAUUUAGACAGCUUGCCAGUAAUAAGAAUAUCAAACGGUAAAUAUCUUAUUGGAUCAGAGUCUAAAAUGGUUGUACUGAAACAUAGAACUUGUAUGGUAAGAGUUGGAGGAGGAUUCUAGAAACUAGAGGAAUACAUUAUAACCCAUAAAGAGGAUCAAAUUCAAAAAAUAAAGAGAAUGAUGACAGAAAAAUCGAAAAGCUAUGAGCAAAUAAUUCUAGAAUUACUCAUUAAAUAUGGAGCUGAUUAGACUGUUCAGGAUUAAGUUUAGAAAUCACUUAAGCUGCUAAUUUUCAAUAAGAUGUUAAAACUAAGAGACUCUCUACCAAAGGAAACACAAAAUAUAGAGUGA